AUGGAUUUGGAAAGCGCCCGGCUGGCAAGGAUACCCCUCUCCGAGGAUUCUACACCCUUCAAGGGCUCCUGGAUCUCGCGGCUGUUCCUCAGCUGGGUCUUUCCCUUGCUGCGGCGCUCCGUGGAGACGGAGCAGCUGCAGGCCUCGGAACUCUUCGAUGUGGAGCCUUCGGCGAUGCCAGAGGAGCUUCAAAAAGCCUUCCAAAGCCAGUGGAGAGCACAGGUGACGGGUGGAACGCGCAGACGUGGUUGGCAACUCAUGAGAGUCCUGUGGAAGCUUCACGUGCCGCGUUUGCGGUGGCUAUGGUUGUUGAGAGUGCUGCAGGCGUUGCUUGACUUCAGCUUCCCAUUGUUCCUGAACAAACUGGUGAAGUUUGUCGAGAAGGAUGACUCGACGACCUCGGAAGGUUUGCUACUGUGUUUGGCGCUUUUCACAGCGGAGGCUUCUGCCGCUCUCGUGGAUGCCGCAGCAUCCAUCGGUUUGCAGAGCUGUGGUCUUCGGAUUCGCUCUUCCUUGAUCGCAUCCAUUUUUCGUAAGGUGAUCCUUUUACGACAAGACUCCAUGUUGAGCUUCUCCAGUGGCAAGCUGAAUAACAUGAUCACCACUGAUGUGGACAAAGCCAGACGCGCAUUGCGCCAAAUCCACGUAUUGCUGCUCACGGCACCGUUGAAAGUGGCCAUUUCACUUGUGGCCUUGCACUCGUUGAUGGGCGCAUCGGUGUUCAUCGGUUUGAGCUGGAUGGGCUUUGUCAUCCUCUUGAAUCCUGCGAUGAUGUACAUCAUGAAUCGACUGGAAGAUCGGCAGCAAGCUCAAACCGAUGAACGAGUUCGGAAAGCCACAGAGGUCAUUAGCAGCAUCAAUGUCAUCAAGUGUUACGGCUGGGAGGAACCUGCCACUGCGAAAGUGGAAACUGCACGCCGGGCAGAGUUGCUGGCUCUUUGGAGACUGUAUUGCAUCUUCACCUGUUUUGAAGCGAUAUGGUCAAGCAUUGUGCCUUGCUGCACGGCGUUGAUGUUCGGCUCCUACAGCUGGUUAAAUCCAGAGAAAUCCAUCACAGCUGCCCAAGCCUUCACAGCUAUUGCGCUCCUGAACAUGGUGCAGGAGCCGCUGUUUACCAUCCCUUGGGUGUUGAAUCUCAUCGUCGAGGCCUAUGUUGCAGCCAAGCGCAUCGAGAGCCUUUUCUUCUUGGAAGAGUCACAUCUGCCAGCGGUCAAGGGCAUUGCCAGUUUUCUACCGGAGGCCCCGCCAACAGAGCAGGAGAUGCCGAGCGCGGAGCUGGAUGCGCAGACUGCGGUGAUCUUCGACAAGGCGUCUUUCUCAUGGAGCAUCGAGGAAGGUGAAGAUAAUGCGUCCAGCAGUGACAGCGGUGACAGUGGCAGCAGUUCGGGCGAAGCAGAUGCAGCACCAGGCCCUUUCGCAUUACAGGACUUGUCCUUCAAGGUGCCAAGAGGUGCUUUGAUCGGAGUCGUUGGAGCAACAGGUGCUGGGAAGAGCUCCCUCCUACAAGCGAUUUUAGGCGAGAUGCCUCAGAAGGAGGACUCCGGACCUGCACUAGUCUCGCAGCAGAAGCCUUUGUCAUUCCUGCCGCAGCAGCCCUGGAUUUUCAAUGCCACGGUUCGGCAGAAUAUCCUGUUUGGAGAGCCCUACGCAGAGGCGCAUUACACUGAGUGCAUCCGAUGCUGCAAGCUGGAUCAGGAUUUUGAACAGUUGGCAGCGGGGGACCAGACCAAAGUGGGUGAGAAGGGAAUUGCACUGAGUGGCGGUCAAAAAGCCCGGGUUUGCCUUGCUCGAGCUUGCUACCGGCUCCACUCCAGCAGCAUUUUCCUCUUGGACGACCCGUACAGUGCCCUUGAUGCUCACGUCGCCAAGAGUGUUCACGAGAAUGCCAUUCUAGGCCUUUUGGGCAAGAAGACACGGGUCGUUGCGAUGAACAGGCUGGAAUUUGCCAGUCAAUGCGAUUUGCUGCUGGUCUUGGAAGACGGAAAAAUUGGUUCUAUGGGAAGCUAUGAAGAGCUCCAGCGCAGCAGUGCCACACUCAAGGCUCUUCUCACGGCCCAGGGAAUUGGUGAAAGAACUGCGACAGAUCUUCCGCAGCAACCGCUUCUUGGCCGGGCAGUAAGUGCCCAAUCUGCUGGGUCCAUUGACGAGAAACCUUCUGAAGAUUCGAACCAGCAGCAAGAAGAAGCAGAAGAGGAGCGUGCCACGGGACAAGUGAGUCGAGAGGUGUUUGUUUACUACCUGCAAUCUAUGGGUGGCUGCACCACUAUCUCUCUGCUGGUGUCGCUCUAUGUAGGUUCCGAAGUGAUGAAUCUCAGUUUGCCCAUCUGGCUGGCUACCUGGACGGCUGGCGUCUCUGAUCAAGCCGCCGGCGCCCUCGUCACGUCACACUACUUGAGCAUCUACGUGAUCCUCAGUGUGAUUGUUGUGGUUUUAAGCACCUUGCGUGACCUCUGUGGAAAUAUCUAUGGCUUCCGCGCUGCAAGGCGUUUGCAUCGUGCCAUGUUCGAGUCUGUGCUGCGAGCUCCGAUGUCCUUCUUCCAAGAUACACCACAGGGCCGCAUCAUCAACAGAUUCUCGAAGGAUAUGUCAGAGAUCGACAAGGAUGUGAUUUGGCAAAUGAUCUACACCUUCGUCCCCGUCCUUGGUGUACUUGGAAACUUCACCAUGGUUGGAGGCAUUGCAUACUAUGCACUGCUUGCUUUCCUGCCAGCCUUUUGGUUGUACUACUUGCUGUGGAAGUACUACAACAAGGCAGUGCUCGAUGUGAAGCGAAUCUCCAAAGUUCAAAGCAGUCCUGUCUACGAUCAUUUCAACAACCUCUGUCGAGAGAACGCCAUCAGCGUGGUCAGAGCCUUCCGCCAAGCAGAGCAGCAGUGUCUCGCUAGCGAUGCUUUCAUCGUGGAUCAGCAGAAACCGGACUAUUCACAGAUGUAUUUGUCGCAGUGGUUCUCGUUGCGCAUCGAUCAUUUGGGAUGCCUUCUGCUGUUCUUCGUGUCCCUCUUCGUAACGUUGGGUCGUGUGACGCUCAUCAAAGCAUCUGCAGCUGCCUUGGUGCUGAACUUUGCUGGAGAGUGCACUGGCAGCAUUGAGUCACUGAUCGGGCAGAUUGCCGAGUUUGGUAUGGCCUUCAAUUGCGUGGAACGCGUGAAGUUCUACGCCACGCAACUACCACAGGAGGCGCCUCGCAUUCGACCACUUCGACCACCACAGGGGUGGCCCAGUCGGGGCAUCUUGGAGGUCAAGAAUCUUCAAGUCAGAUACAAACCAGAGUUGCCACUGGUUCUGAAGGGUUUGACGUUCAGCACAGCUGCGGGCGAACGAUUGGGCGUCGUUGGUCGUACGGGUGCAGGGAAGUCCUCUUUGCUGCUGGCCUUGCUGCGAAUCGUUGAGCCGGACAUGGGCUCUGAUAUUCAGCUGGAUGGCCAGGACUUGUUGCAGCUGGGAUUGCAAGACCUGCGACGAGCCAUUGCGAUGAUCCCACAGGAGCCUGUGCUCUUCCAGGAGUCUUUGCGGUACAACUGCGACCCGUUUGAAGAGCACAGCUCUGAAACCAUUUGGGCAGCACUGGAAGACUCCCAGUUGGCCAGCUGGGUGCGCGAGCGCGGUGGAGCAGAGGAGCAGCUGGAGAAGUUAUUGGCCCUGGAAAUCAAAGAGGGCGGACAGAAUCUGUCAGUGGGGCAGAGACAAAUGGUCGCAAUUGCUCGGGCAGUACUUCGACAAUCCAAAUUGGUGGUUCUUGAUGAAGCCACUGCUGCAAUCGAUGCUCAAACCGAUGCUCAAAUUCAGCUGGCCAUUCGCCGAUGUUUUGAGAAUGCCACGUCUCUCACCAUCGCACACAGAUUGCAGACCAUCUUGGACUCUGAUCGCAUCAUGGUGCUGGCACAGGGCGAGAUUGUCGAGCUGGCUCCGCCAGAUGACUUGCGAGCCAGAGAUGGUGGAGUAUUUCGGAGCAUGUUGGAAUCCGCUGAAGACUGGUGAGGUGUGGAUCCGCAUGGUGGAAGAUCCGGUCCAACCAUUGGCACAGACGCAGCAUGACGCAGCUUUCCAGGUGCAUCUUGGCAUCUUGUGAGGUGGAGCAAAUGUGGGGUGGUUGACCUUGUACAUAGAUUUUACAUAGAUUUCUGGAUUUUUCUAGAUCUAGGGGUAAAAUCUAAGGAGCCUUUCCAAAGACGAGAGGCUGUGCAGAUGUGCCACUCGUGGCAGUAGACUUAGUAGACUCAGUAGACUUUCUGCUGGUGUACAGAUCUCGCGCGAAGUCUGAAACCAUGAGCGCCUGGUUGCUUUGUUUCAAGGCUACUGCAAUCGAAGUGUUC